AUGGUUUUGCGAUGGACUCCAGGGGACUCGUCCGGACGACUGAGCGGGACUGUUACCACGCUCGCACCAGUUACCGAGACCGUUGUCACCCACGGUGGUAUCAAACGCCAAUGGAAUGUCCAAAGGUGGAAUGUCCGCCGCGUUAAUUUUGUCAAAACAAAUUCUCGACUCAACCCACGUACUUCGUCGGUCUUCAACGUUCCGACCUGCCGCCCAACGAGACCCAGGUACUCCUACCAGAGAGACUACAAGGGCGGUUUCUCUAAAGGAGGAAGACGUGGAUACGCUAAAGGAGGUUUCUCUAAGACUGCAUACUCCAAAGGUACACGAAUCACCUCAACAGAACGAAAGCCUUUACACUGGACAAGCCCGGCUCUAAGCAGCGCCAGCCAGAGUAAGCAGCAGUGUGGUAAAGUUCAAGUGCGUGCCGGCGCUCCCCCCCUCCCCCCCGGCCCGGGCUCCACACCCGCGGCCGUGGUGUGCUCCGCCCCAACAUGCCCCAAGCAACUACGCGCUCAAACUGGAAACACGUACCACUGGAGACCAACCAGUGGUCCACAUUCGCAAGAAAUGCCGAUUGGAGGGAUGUCCGCUAACGAACUUUUCGUGUGGCAAGAUGACCAAAUCAUCCUGGUCAAACCGAAACCUCAUGAUCGAGUACGACAAUUACGAGUACACCGUAUAGAACAGACCAGCAAGAUUCUGUUUCCAGAAGAACAGCUUCCGACGUUUAACGUCUCGGGAGUGGAAUAUCGAUUAAGUCCAGGAAAUACAAACUUCACGGUUUGCAGUACAGUUCAGAUGGAGACGGUCAAGAUCGGGGUGAGACAUUGGUGGACGGUCUUUGUAGGUUUGUUUGACGGGGACUCGUCCAACGACCGCUCGCUGCCGGACGGUCGGCUCGCGGCGGGGUCGAGGCCUUUCGGUCGUUCCUGGGCCAAGCCCGGCCUGUCACUGACGCCUGCAGGGACUAAGGUCAUCCCUCCAGAGAAAAACAGAAGCGCGUUUGGGAACCUCUGCAAAGUUAUCACUGCAUUUGUUUGGAAAAAGAUCUGUAAGUGUGCGGAGCUUGGUUAUAAACGGAACCAAGAUGAACUGAAGAGAAGUGUCCGCUGUUUGUUGGUGGAGAAACUGGUGGCGGAGUGUCUGGCCGCGGAUAAAGAACAUAGAUGUGACCGGCUGGAGGAUCAAAGAUGGGCUGUCGUGACCGCGGAAUGUCCCGCCCCUCUGGUCCAAUCGGACUGUUAUCGUCGCGGCUGUGAGCCGUCCUGCGCACCCAUCACGUCAGGGGCCGCGCGCUGUGACGCAGCUGAACGGACAGUGCUCUCCACGGCUGUUACUGUCCCGACGGAAAACUCAGGAAGGGAGGGGACACUUGUGUGGCGCCAUCUGACUGUUUGGACUGUACCUGUACUGGUGUGGGUACUCCAGCCAAAUACACCACAUUCGAGGGCCGACGACCUUCCAUUCCUCGGGAACUGCAACCUACCUUUGUAUCGAGGGACAGACAGGAGAAAGGGGGAAAGUCAAUAUCAAGGUACAGUGUACGCUACUAAUGGUCCGUGUGAAGGAGCGGGCGGCACCUGCGUGACGUCACUGCACGUGCUGCGAAGCUGCAACACCUGCUUUUUUUGCACGUCACUAAGGAAUCCGAACACUAUGAAGGUGCUGGUGUUGCAGUCUAAGCUUCAGUUUACUGUGAGCGUCCCGUCACACGACUACAGCAACCGCACGGAGGGUCUGUGUGGAGUGUGCGCCGGCUACCAGGACCAGCUCGUCACCAGCAACGGAACAGUCACCGACGACUUUGACCUGUACGGCAAGAGUUGGCAGGCGAGUCCGGAAGUCCUGACCAAACUGGAGGUACCACCUCAGGAGCAGUGCGGCGACAUCCCCCCACCACCACCCUGUGUGCCUCCCACCGCCAGAAAGCAACCCGUGUUACAACCUGAAAACAACGUUGAGAAGUUUGGAGCUUGCCACGCGCUUGUAGAGCCUCAGCCUUACAUAGAGCAGUGCGAGUCAGAGCUCUGCGAGUUGAACUCGACUGACGCCUGCCCGGUGCUGGAGCGGUACGCGGCCGAGUGUCGCAAGCAGGGGGUCUCUGCCUCGACCUGGAGAACUGAUCUAUGUCCAUACCAUGGUGCGAUUGGUGAACAACACGUGGUAUCGAACCGGGCAAGUGCUUCCCAUGUGAUACAAAGAAGGAACACUACGCUGGAGACGAGUGGCAAUGCCAACUCUCAGGAAGACGCAUGUACUCACUGCACGUGCAGUAAGGGCGGGCGAGAGCGCACAGGUGUCGUGUACAACGCGCACGUGCGCGAGCCGCCCGUGUGUGCUGAUGGAGAGGAACGCGUGCCCACUGUCCACGCCACCAGGAGGCCUGCUGUAAGGAGUACCUGUGCGUUCCUAAACCACCGGACGUGGUCUGCGACGAACCGCGAAGAGAAAAUGGAGUGCGGGUUCGGACAAGUGUUGAAACUGAAAAGCAAACCCGAUGGAUGUACAGAAAUUUCGUUUGCGUGCAAGCCGGAGAGUGAGUGUGAACCUAUUCCCGAUGAGAGUGAAGUGGAAAUGUUGGAGCCGGGCAUGGAGCGUGUGGUGGAUCGCUCGGGAUUGUUGUCCGCGGGGCGUCGCUCGUAUGUCGGCCCGCGGCAUGCCCCGCCGCACCCACUUGUCUCCUGCCUUACACAACCUACGUACUACCAAUAUCACAGGCCAAUGCUGUCCAAAUCACGAUUGGAUUCAGCGUGGCUGGACGGUCCGUGUCGCUCGUGUCGCUUUUGUGGAGUCCACGGCGGCGGGUCCCGUCCCCACAGUGUCCCACGUGACCUCCUGCCCCCACCCUCACCCCCACCGACCAGUUCGUGUUGGAACCUCGACCGGUGCCCUUCGCCUGCUGCCGUCCCCGAACCGUUGGAGAAAAUUGGACGUCACACGAGCGACCCCUGCGAGUCCUAUCAAUGUUCACAGGUCGGUGAGGGACAACUGGAGAAGGUCACGACACUACAGAGAACUGUCACAAGGACUGGCUGGCAGUACUUCCCGUCUGAAGACAGCAGCCAGUGUUGUGGUCGGUGCCGGCCUGUGUCGUGUGUGGUGGACGGAGUGACCAGGGAUGUGGGCGCCAGGUGGACCUCUGCUGACUUUCUGUACCAACUACACUUGCGCUGA